GGUGCCCUGAUUUCUCCCAGCACAAAAAUGAUAAGGUGUUCAGCUAAUAUUAUACUUUUAGAAAAAAUAUUGUCCAGACUCACUGUGCUAUUUCCCAAAUAUGAUUUGGGGAAUGAGCCAACAGAUAAAGAAGGAUAUUUAUUUUUGUUUGUAAUGUCGACGUCUUCUUUCGGGCUCGAUCGAACAAUCAGGAGAUCUGUGUAGGCCACAGCGUCAUUGCACGCUGGGGUCCUUGCCCGCUCCCUCUCUCUGCCACCACUCAAACCCUGGGAGAAUGCUUUUGAAAGCGAAUCAGGAAAUUACUUAUCAAUCUGAAGCCCCAAAGAGUUAUGAAUAAUCCUCGCUGCCAAGGGAAAGGGGAUUUCGAGCAAAAGCUCCACAUCUGCGCACACUAGAGUUCAAAGACUCCAGCUGUUGGAAGGUCUUGCGAGCAAUAGCCAAAGAUGUUUGUCUUGCUCUAUGUUACAAGUUUUGCCAUUUGUGCCAGUGGACAACCCCGGGGUAAUCAGUUGAAAGGAGAGAACUACUCCCCCAGGUAUAUCUGCAGCAUUCCUGGCUUGCCUGGACCUCCAGGGCCCCCUGGAGCAAAUGGUUCCCCUGGUCCCCAUGGUCGCAUCGGCCUUCCAGGAAGAGAUGGUAGAGACGGCAGGAAAGGAGAGAAAGGUGAAAAGGGAACUGCAGGUUUGAGAGGUAAGACUGGACCACUGGGUCUUGCCGGUGAGAAAGGGGACCAAGGAGAGACUGGGAAGAAAGGACCCAUGGGACCAGAGGGAGAGAAAGGAGAAGUAGGUCCAGUUGGUCCUCCUGGACCAAAGGGAGACAGAGGACAACAAGGGGACCCAGGGCUGCCUGGAGUUUGCAGAUGUGGAAGCAUCGUGCUCAAAUCCGCCUUUUCUGUUGGCAUCACAACCAGCUACCCAGAAGAAAGACUACCUAUUAUAUUUAACAAGGUCCUCUUCAAUGAGGGAGAGCACUACAACCCUGCCACAGGGAAGUUCAUCUGUGCUUUCCCAGGGAUCUAUUACUUUUCUUAUGAUAUCACAUUGGCUAAUAAGCAUCUGGCAAUCGGACUGGUACACAAUGGGCAGUACCGGAUAAAGACCUUCGAUGCCAACACAGGAAACCAUGAUGUGGCUUCCGGGUCUACAGUCAUCUAUCUGCAGCCAGAAGAUGAAGUCUGGCUGGAGAUCUUCUUCACAGACCAGAAUGGCCUCUUCUCAGACCCAGGUUGGGCAGACAGCUUAUUCUCCGGGUUUCUCUUAUACGUUGACACGGAUUAUCUAGAUUCCAUAUCAGAAGAUGACGAAUUGUGAUCAGGACCAAGAUCCCUGUGGUAGACACUCUGAUUGAAUCUGGGGUUCCAGAAGGUGGAACAAGUAGGAAUGGGAUCCAAAGAGACUCCCACUCAGAUUCUAAAGCAUUUAAAGACAAUUCCAGCAGAAUUUAUCAAAACAAGAUGAAACACAGAAAAGUUGAAACCACAACAAAAUGAAUUAUAUUAAAGAAUAGCCCCAGAUAUAAAUUCUCUUGAAAGCAAUGUUCAUAAAUAUUUAAGCAAAUUAAAGACAAUGUUAACAAAUUUUCUAUUAAAUGCGCUGAGUGACAAAACCAGUUGGCAAUAAUACUGCCUCAUUAAAUCUUCAAAAAUAUAUUUUAGUCUGUUAUUUAAGAGAAACAUAACAUAACAUCCCAAAAUCUUUGACAAUUCUCGAAAGGCUAUAUAGUAAGUCAAAAACCAAAGGUAAGAGAUGCUAACUAUUUUUCGAGCAAGCUACAGAGAAAUGACAAAUAUCUUUUGUUUUAUUAUUUAUUCCUUCAUGUUUGUAUAUAUUCACUCAACAACCCUUUAACGAGCCUGUAAGGGCCAGACACUGUGGCACUGAAUCAGAUUUAAUAAUGAGUUAAGACAAAGCCCCUACCUACGGGCUAGUGUGUGGUGAUCAAACGAUCACAAUUCAGUGUGAUGAGCAGCAUAGCAAACAGAUGGAUUUGAUGCUAAAAGCACACAGCGUCUGCUAUUCCUGAGGCUGGGGUCCAGAGAAGCUUUUACACAUGGAAAAACACUAAUCAUUCCAAGGUGUAUGUGUUUAAGUGAGUGUGAUGGAUGCAAAGAGAAUGAGGAAUUCAGCAUUGCAUUCUCUUUGCACCCUCAAUGCAUUAUUCGUAUUCUCAACAGCAAAGGGGUGAAAAAUCUAGAGACAGAGGACGCCUGGCAGAGGUGAUAAAAAUGAAGACUGAAAUGAAGAGAAAUAGUCAGCAGGUGAUUCUUGUAAAUCCUUUAGUGUGAUAGUUUCCCAAGACAAAUAUUUGUCCUAAUAGCUUUCUCAUAAAUAUGGGCACCACUUUACAUUGUGGUAAGACAUUGCUUCUCAUGGAUCUGCUAGGUAUUUAGCUCAAAUAAAGCAAGGCAUAUGUUCACUGAUUUAUGAGUAAGCUGAUGAGAGCAAUGAACAGGAGAAGGAGGGAGAGAGACCAAAUGUCUGAGUAAAUAGACAUACCUUCCAAGUCUCACACCUCCCUUAGUCCCACUCUUGCUUGUGUCAGCACCUUGUUCUUCACUGAACUGCAAUUCUUCAAUUAUUCUCUUCCAUGUUUCUGUCUGAUCUAUUGUUCCCAUGGUUUAUGGUAAUAGUAUUUCCUUCAUCCCUCCCUUUUGGUAACUUCCAAUCCUCCUAUGUAUUCCUUUCUCUGCUCAUUGACUUAUAGUUUUCAUACCUCUUAAGUUUGAAUCACCAUGCUAGAUUCUGUGAAGACAGAAGAGUAUUAAGAUUAAUAUAUUAAUAGUAUAGCCCUGACUGGUAAAUUUCUUUUUUUUAAUCUUCCCCAAUUUAAAUUUUGUAAUUUAAAAGUAAAUUUUACUGUCGAAAAUGCAAACUUGGGGAGGGUAGAAACAUCACACACAAGGCUGCCACUUCACACCUGGAGGGUUGCAUGGCAGCCGGACAAAGUUGCUUCUCACUUCACAGACAGAGGGAUGGCCGGGCAGAGGUGCUCCUCACCUCCCAGACGGUGCAGGAGCCAACUCUGACUAGUAAAUUGCCAAGGAUACAAGAAAGGAAAUGGCAUGCACACACACAAAAUAUCUAUAAUUUUGGAAGAGAAAAUGAUAAAAUAUGCUAAGUUGCAGGCUGGAAAUAAGGGCGAAAUACUGUGAAAGAAGAGGAAAUGUUUACUUCCAAAUUAGGAUGUGACAGAGAAGGGAUAGGGAAAACCUCUCUGUUCACUGGACCUUAUGUGAUGGGUGACACUUGGAGUGGCACAAGUUGGGGGAAAGCACACUUGAGACAGAGGUAAUGAUGGGGAUGAAGUGAGAACAGAGACCCAGAAGCAGAAUCAAUGGACCAUAUUUGUAAGAGCUUUGAAACCCAGCCUGAGAAUUGGAGAGUUUAUUCAUAAGAAAGUGUGGAGACCCUGUGUAUUUCAGAGCUGGAUACUGCCAUUAACACAGAUGAAAGUUGCAAUCAUCUAGCAGUUGUGUGUAAGGGGAAGGCUAACUUUUCCUGUCUUUCAACCCUAUUUUGCUUUCACUGUCUUCAUCUGCCUGCCAUAUUUGUGCACUUAUUGCUCUCUUUCUGAGUCAGGACAUGUGUACAGGAGACCAAGAACAAUGAAUAUUAGAAAAAAAGGAGAGAGCAAAGGUGGUUUGAGGUAGUCACCUGCUUACAGAUAACAGCCAAAGAUAGAAUUCCAAGUUAUAAAGCAUAAAAAAGAGCCAACAGAAGUAACUAAUUUGGGGAAAAUGAACAUAUGGGCCCUUUGAAGACUACAGGAUUUGCUGGAUAAAUUGGAAAUGGAGAAGUUAUUGCAGACAGUCAUGAACCACAGAUUACUGUGAUUAAAAUUUUCUUCUGAUCGUAAUCCACAAAUGCAUUCAUUUUUUGGACAUUGCUUGCUUAUCUUUUAAAUGUUUCUUUUAUUAUAAAGCCUAUUUUGAGUAGCUUAAAACUGAAUUUUCUUUAAUUGGUUCGAAGCCUAGAGAUGAAUUUCGUUUUGAAAUAUCUGGUGGGAUGGUAAAGGGGAUCAGAGAACUGACAUGAGAAAGGACGAGUUGUUUUGGUAUUAAAUGAAUAAAAUCUUAAACAAAUGUAGGUGUCUUUUAUUCUUAAAAAAUAGCAGAUAUAGUUUAUCCACAUUUGUAAAUAUUUGUAAAAAGAAAGUAGCAGAACAAUUUUGGUUUAAAAAAUUCCAAGUCUCAUUCUAAUCGUUCUUUGUAAAGGCUAACUUGUAAUGAGUAUGUAUUAAGCAAUAUUUAUUGACUCUAUACUAUCUUGUUCUGGAAGAGCUUAAAGUCACUUAUGAAGAUAAAUAAGAUACAAAAAGAAAACAGCAGUAAAAAGCAGAUGAGAAGAAAUAGGAAAAACAAAGAAAAAAGAAAAUAAUGAGGCUAAUAUAAUACUGUGUGUACAUGAAAAUGCAUAUGCCUGUGUUACAUAUUUUCAGGUCACAAAUGUUUCUUUGUGCCCCUGAAUGCACAAAGGUAUUUCCAGGUCAUUUAUCAUUGUGAAUAGUGUUGCUUAUGAUAAAAAAUAGAUUCCACAAACUCCAAAUAUCUUUUUUUUCUACCACUCUGUGUAAAAGAUCAUGAAUGUAAAUAAAUUUUAGAUAUGA